CCUCCAGUCAGUAGAUCAGCAUAGGUAAUGACGUUGCUACAGUCGCGAUGGCUUCGUUUCACGCGCUCUGCGCUACCUCCAACGCGGCAACACAGACACGACCGCUUACUACGGGGUUUCAGCGUAUCGAUUCCGAAAUUUGAGGCGGCAGGUGCGCCUGCGUCCUUGUCUUCGGGCAACUCUCAUUCGGGCUCCAAGCGGUUCCGCCAGCACGUGAACCCGCUCUCGGUGACGUAUCGCCAGCCCGUGGAGCUGCCCAAGUGGACGCAAUGCUUCGCGAACACCUCACUGCCCAUCCACCUUGACAUCGGCUGUGCUUGGGGCAAAUACCUGAUGGACGUGGCUGAGUCUCAGGCAUUCGAGCGGAACUUUGUAGGCGUCGAGAUCCGUCGCAACGUGCUACGAGAAGCGGAGCGAGAGGCCGAGCGACGAGGACUUCGCAAUCUGGCCUUCGUGCAUGCCAACAUGAACUUCCACCAGGCGACGCUGCUGCAGUCUCUACCUGGUCCCGUUAAAAGCGUCUCCAUCUUCCAUCCGGAUCCGUGGAUGAAGAAGCGCCACAUCAAGCGGCGACUGGUGACGGAGGAGUUCGUGGAAGAGAUGGCCACCCACUUACCGAAUGGAACUCCGAUAUACGUGCAGACGGACGUGGAAGAACUGUUCGCAUACAUGGUGGAGAUUUUUGAGAUGUCUAAACUUUAUGAUUUCGAUGCGCUGCAUAAGAACCCGCUGGGGAUCCCCACGGACAGAGAAAAAUUUGUCUGCAAUGAAGGAGGCGACAUCUACCGGGUCAAGUUUAUAGUCGACAAGUCAGAGAAGGAGGCAAAAGACCCCGCUGCUCAGAUCUGUGACUGAAAAAAAUCGACGAAAGAACUGAACGUUCAUAUAACUGGUAUAGACAUGUUUUUGCUUAUCGACAUUAUUCUGCGCGGACAACUUUCGGACCAGCGACUUCAGAUUAGAUAUGCAUAGGAUACCUUGGAGGUUGGUAGUCGGACUGCGCUUUACUUGCCAAAGCGGCGUUUGCGACGGUUGAACUCGAUAAUGAUGUCGUGCAGGUCUUCGCGUGUCACCUCCGGCCAGAAUUUGUCCAUGAAAAUGAGCUCUGCGUAGGCGAUCUGGAACAACAGGAAGUUGCUGAUGCGCAGCUCGCCCGAUGUACGGAGCAUGAUGUCCGGAUCCGGCAGGCCGCUACAGUGCGAAGGAACGAUAAUAGUAGGCAACAGUUAGCUCAGAUACAGUACCAAAACAAUCGAACGAAAGAGACGAGCAUGAAAACGUACGCAGUGAGCAUGCGCUGGCCAACCAG